GAAAAGCUGAACAACAACAACUAUACAAUAAAAAUUCAAAACUAGUAGCAGUUUCCAUCUAUAACCCACGAGCCUACAAUUCUGAUAUUUUUGAGGCUCCAAUUCGAUUGCUGAGAAGCACAAUGUCAGAAGAUUUACACUUACCCGAUGAAUGCUGGGAAUUGGUGAUGAAAUUCCUCAUCAUCAACCAUCAUCGUUACUUGGAACCACUCUCUCUCGUUUCCAAGCAAUUCCUCUCCAUCACCAAUCGCCUCCGAUUCUCUCUCAUCAUCUCCCAACCCACACUCCCUUUUCUUCCUCGCCUCCUUCUCAGGUUUCCCUCUCUCACUUCCCUCGACCUCACGCGCUUCCGCGGUGAUCUCCACGCGCCUCUUCGCCAUAUCUCGCGUUCCUCUCUACCCCUCAAAUCGCUCAAUAUCUCACACCACCCUACCAUCCCCGCAAAUGGGUUGCGAGCUUUGGGCAAAAAUGUGAAAAGUUUGAACUCCCUCAUUUGUUCCGACGUGGGUUCUCUCCGAAACGCCGAUUUGAUUCUCAUCGCCGAUUGUUUCCCUUUCCUCGAAGAACUCGACCUUAGUUUCCCCAAAGACGCUGGUUCCAACUACCCUAACAGUUUUGACGGCCCUGUCUCUGAUUUCGGUGUAAAGAUUUUGUCUUUGGGACUUCCCAAGCUUCGUAAGAUUAACCUCUCUGGUAAUUUCUUCAUCAACGACCCGUCACUUAUUAGUCUCUGCAAGAACUGUAAGUUUCUUGAAGAAGUUGUGAUCUUUGAGUGCCAUUUCAUCACCCAAGCUGGGAUUGCCUCAGCGAUUGGCUUGAGGCCUUGCUUGUGUUCUUUGUCAGUUAACAAUUUAGGGUGCGGAACCAAAAAAGGGGAUUUGGCAAGACCUUUUGUUACUUCUGAUUUCAUUGAUUCGUUGGUGAGGUUGAAGAGCUUGACUUGUCUUGAUUUGUCGUGUUCCUCUAUCACCAAUGAGUUGCUUAUCUAUAUUGCUGAUGAAGGUCUUCCUUUGAGGAAGCUUGUUCUUCAGAAUUGUUCCAACUAUAGCUAUCGUGCAAUCUUCCGCUUGUUUGGGAGGUGUCAAUUUGUGCAACACUUGGAUCUUCAAAACGCUGAGUAUCUGAAUGAUCAGCGUGUGGAGGAGUUGUGUUUGGGUUUUGGUAAUUUGAUAUCUAUAAAUGUUAGUGGUUGUAGGAUGCUCACAGAUUCAGCCUUGGUUGCACUUGUCAGGUAUUGUCCUUUGCUUGAUGAGAUCAAAAUGGAGGCAACGGGUGUUGGGAGAAAGGGAAUAGAGGUUUCUUCGAUGGGUGUUGUUGUGAACUCUAAAGUGAAGUCUCUCCAUUUGGCUCGCAAUUCAUGUUUGAAAGAUGGAAGCAUCGAAAUGUUUGCUUCCAUUUGCCCCAAUUUGCAGAUGCUUGACUUGAGCUCUUGUCGUGGCAUAUCUGAGGGUAUUGUUGAAGUUUUAAGGAGGUGCUGUGGGAUUAGGCAUUUAAACUUAGCCUUCUGUUCUGGAGUGAAGCUAGUUGGGUUGAACUUUGAAGUUCCCAAACUCGAGGAGUUGAACUUGUCACUGUCGAGAAUUGAUGAUGAAGCUCUUUCUGUGAUAUCAAAGUGUUGUCAAGGGCUUCUGCACCUGCACUUGGAAAAUUGCUCUCAUGUAACAGCCAAGGGAGUGAGGCAAGUGGUAGAGAUCUGCACACAAUUGAGAGAGAUAAAUUUGAGGUCUUGUGAUAAAGUGGAUGCUAGUGUUGUUGCUUGGAUGGUAUUUUCAAGGCCAUCACUGAGAAAGAUAAUGGCUCCUCCUAGUUAUGAUCGUAGUGAAAGCCAGAAGCGAUUCCUCUUGCGUCAUGGAUGCAUGGUUUGCUAGUGUGCAAUCUUCGAGGUUCUGGCAGUGCUAUGAAGUCUGAAAUGUAGUCUGUUUUUUGUUUCCUUUGGUUGUUUCUCUAAGAAAUGAAAUUGGAAAAAUACUACCAAUUUACAUGUAGUGUAUUUGACUAUAUUUGCUUUUAAGUUUGUGCAUAAUUGCCAAUGUAAUUGCUUAACUUAAAUAACACACGUUGUAAGCAGUUGGACUUGGUUGUCAUAUGUUGUUCAGAACUGUAUUUUUUUGCCUUGCUACUACGCUUUGAAUAUAAUUACUCGCAU